ACUUGAGCAGGUUGUCUUCCAUCGUCACGUGGUCACGCGGAGAAUCUUUUUUUUUCUUCCCAAACCCAUCCAAAAAAAAAAAAAAAAAAAAAAAACAUCGGCGUGUUCACCAGGGUGGGUCUAUUAAGAUUGGACCACGACCGCUCCAUCCUUAAAUUUCCGUUUUCCGCUGGAUCGCCCUGCAACCUUCCCAGGUGAUGCCACCCCAAAGGCUUCCUUGCUGCCCGGCUGUGAAGGAGAAGGGCUGAUCGCUGUCCUCCUCCCGGUUCCAGUUGCUCUCCAGUCCACCCAGCGCCCUCUUCCCCGUCCUUCAACUGCACCAAUUCCAAACUGCGACGCUAACUGUCUUCAUCCAGACCCUGAAACCUUUACUACAAACGAUUAUACCCCCUGGCUGAGGGCCAAACCCAAUGGCUACAAGCGGUCAUGCCCCUGAGAUAGAUGUUUCGAUCAACCUGCAUCAGGUGAGGGAUGAUGAGGGCAAUGAGGAGGAAUCACUUGCUGACCAGAAGGAAGAGGAGGCGGAGGAGGAGGAGGAUUGGGACAAAGCACUGUCUGUCAAGUACUUUGCUGAAAUCAUCAGUGAAUCUACAUCUGUCAGUGGCGACAGGAUGGGUCGAAACUACACAGAAAAAGAUUUUGAGUAUCACAGGCACACAGUUCAUCAUAUCCACCACCCACUCUCCACCCACUUGCCCGUACCCCAGCGCUCACGCAAGAGGGUGCACGGCAAGGAGCGCAGGCGCAAAAAGAAACGGAAGAAAAGAAAGACGUCCCUGCCGCCCUCGGAAGUUACGCCCACCAUUCACGAAGUGGAUGAGGAGGACGCCGAGUCAGAAAUAGAGACUCAGGAGGCGGCUGCCGUGGCUGCCGAGUUACCGCCCGGCGUUGAAGCACAGUUUAGUUUGGAGAGUCAAGAGCACUUGGAGGAAGCCUUUUCAAUCGCCACAGUCCACACAGAAAAUGAGGAGCAUCACCGGCCCCCAAAAUUCACGCUCACGCUCAAGGGAGACCUUCAGAGUGGAGGAUACGCUGUCAUUGAGCAGCAUGAGGAGAAGGAAAAGGAGUCGGUGUCUAGCAACAGCAUUACCCCAGGAUGGGUGUCCCCCGCUGCCACUGCGACUCAGAGCUGGUUUUGUCGAAAGCCCACCCACCAUCGCGUGGCAGCCGCCCAGCGGUGCAACUACGACCUGAGGGAGCGGAUUUGCAUUGGCAGCAUGACUGCGGCUGAGACCGCCGUCUAUCAUCAAGUGCCAACCGAUGAAGCCGAGGCCCAGAUGUUGGCCACUGUUGACUUGGAUGACAUGAAAAGUCACAGAUUUGAAGACAACCCUGGGGUGAGACGCCACUUAAUGAAGAAAUCAUCCCGAUUUCAGGUUGGCCGUACCAGCAACAGUUCCACUCCACUGUCCAGCCUUAAGAAGAAGAAACGAGCGUCCGACAAGAAGACUCAUGAGUUGUUUGUAGAGCUCAACGAGCUGAUUGUGGAGAAGGACCAUGAAAUGCGUUGGAAGGAGCGUGCCCGCUGGAUCAAGUUUGAGGAGGAUGUCGAGGAGGAGACAGACCGCUGGGGCAAACCUCACGUGGCUUCGCUCUCUUUUCGCAGUUUACUGGAGCUUCGCCGCACAAUCACGCACGGGGCCAUUCUUCUGGACCUGGAGCAGAAUUCUCUCCCGGGAAUCGCCCAUUUGGUGGUGGAGACGAUGAUCAUCUCUGAUCAGAUUAGAGCUGAAGACAGAUCCUGCGUUCUCAGGGCCCUGCUACUUAAACACAGCCAUCCAAGUGACAUGAAACAUCGCUUUCAUCGCCACCACUCAUCAAGCAGUCUUCAUGGCAGUUUUAAUCACAACCACGUCCAGGACACCAGUCUGCCCCUUGUAGCCGAAGAAAUGGAAGAACACCAGGAUGGCAAAGGACCCUCAUAUGACCCCAAACAAGAUGUCUUUGUCAGCCUCUUUAAAUCUCUCCACCCCGUAUCUCCGGAGAGUCAUCCAGCGGCAGCCAGGUCUUUGAAACUCCUUGCCAAGAUACCGAGAGAUGCCGAAGCUGUCAUUGUUUUAGUUGGCUGUGUUGAAUUCCUGGAGCAGCCAGCCAUGGCCUUCGUAAGGCUAAAUGAGGCCGUGCUUCUGCAGUCAGUGUUGGAGGUCCCGGUUCCCGUUCGCUUUAUUUUUGUCCUGCUUGGUCCCAGUCAGUCCAAUGUGGACUACCACGAGAUUGGACGGUCCUUCUCAACACUUAUGUCUGAUAAGAACUUCCAUGAGGUGGCUUAUUUCGCCGACAACAGACAGGAUUUACUAAAUGGUAUCAACGAAUUUCUGGACUGCAGUAUUGUCAUUCCGCCAUCAGACGUGGCGGGCAAAGACCUCCUGAAGACAGUAGCUGAUUUCCAGAAACAGAUGCUGCGCAAGCGUAAGGAAAGGGAGCUGAAGAAGCACCAUUCCUCAUCUGGCAUGGAGCAGAACAACAGAGAUAUGACUCAAGAAGAAGAGGAGGAAGGAGACCAAGAGAUUGACCCAUUGAAACGUUCAGGGAUCCCUUUCGGAGGACUGAUUCAUGACAUUCAGCGUCGCUACCCGAACUACAUCAGCGACUUGAAAGAUGCUGUGGACAUGCAAUGCAUCGCUGCAGUUAUCUUCAUUUACUUUGCCGCACUGUCACCCACCAUAACCUUUGGUGGUUUGUUAGGGGAGAAAACAGAUGGCAUGAUGGGAGUGACUGAGCUUAUUGUUUCAACUGCAACACUCGGAGUUAUAUUCUCACUGCUAGCUGGUCAGCCUCUUCUCAUCAUAGGAUUCUCCGGGCCCUUGCUGGUGUUUGAGGAAGCAUUCUACAAGUUCUGUCAGGCCUACGAUUUUGAGUACCUUACUGGUCGAGUGUGGAUUGGGUUCUGGCUCAUCUUCAUUGUCCUGCUGAUUGUGGCGGCGGAGGGCAGCUUUCUUGUUCGCUUCAUCUCACCCUUUACUCAAGAGAUAUUUGCUUUCCUGAUCUCCCUCAUUUUCAUCUAUGAGACCUUCUCAAAGCUCAUCAAGGUGUUUCAAGAACAUCCAUUGAUGGCAUGGUACCCCGGUGAUACCACCCCACCGUCUGAGCUUCAGGACAUCCAGAACCAACCCAACACUGCACUGCUGUCUCUUGUCCUUAUGAUGGGCACUUUCUUUGUGGCUUUCUUCCUCAGAAAAUUCAGAAACAGUCGAUUUUUAGGUGGCAAGGCAAGAAGAAUCAUUGGGGACUUUGGUAUUCCCAUUUCAAUUUUAUUUACUGUGUUGGUAGAUUACUGCAUCACUGACACUUACACACAGAAACUCAAUGUACCAUCUGGAUUUUCAGUCACUUCCCCUAACAAAAGGGGUUGGUUCAUCAGUCCCUUUGGUGACAAGCAGCCAUUUCCCACCUGGAUGAUGGGAGCCUCCAUUGUACCCGCCCUUCUUGUAUUCAUCCUCAUUUUCAUGGAAACUCAGAUUACUUCGUUGAUUGUCAGUAAGAAGGAGCGUCGCCUGGUGAAAGGCUCUGGAUUCCACCUGGACUUGCUGCUCAUUGUCAUUCUCGGAGCCCUCUGUCCACUCUUUGGCCUGCCAUGGCUCACGGCGGCCACGGUGCGCUCGGUCACUCAUGUCAAUGCCCUCACAGUCAUGAGCAAGGCCACCGCUCCCGGAGAGAAGCCCAUGAUCCAGGAAGUGAAAGAGCAAAGGCUGACGGGGCUUCUUGUUGCUGUGCUCGUUGGAAUGUCCAUUGUGAUGACCGACGUGCUGCGCCUCAUCCCUCUGGCUGUGCUAUUUGGCAUCUUCUUGUACAUGGGGGUCACCUCUUUGACGGGGAUCCAGUUGUAUGAACGCAUCACUCUCAUGGUCACACCGGCAAAGCACCACCCGGAUCACAUUUACGUCACCAAGGUGAAGACAUGGCGUAUGAACAUGUUCACCCUCAUCCAGCUGGGGUGCAUUGUGGCCCUGUGGGUCGUGAAGUCCACCGCCGCUUCCCUGGCAUUCCCCUUUGUCCUCAUCAUGACUGUGCCAUUGCGCCGCGUCAUCCUCUCGAGGAUUUUUGAGGAACGUGAGCUCCAAGCGCUGGAUUGCGACGAAGACUCCCCCAACUUCGACGAAGACGGACGGGAUGAGUACAACGAGAUUCACAUGCUCGUAUAAAGUCGAAUUUGCCAAGAAGCCCUCGUCUUCUUCAUACUCUUGGCCUCUUGAGACUCGACAUGACAAGGGUCACAGGGCAAAACAUUAACAAAUGUGUCAUUUAAUAGAGCGAUAAUCUAUAUUUUUUUCUUUGCGUUAAAAAAAGAAAGUGUAAUCUCAUUGUACGGACCUCGUAAUGUUGGUGUGGUUUAAAAUUCCCUGAAAUUGUUUGUGAGUCCCUUAGCUGAAGUCAGUGAAAAUGACAACAAAUAUGUCUAUCCCUUUAAUUCCAUUGCAGGCUUCGGGCAUAUGUGCAAUUUAAUGGUCACCUCUUAGACAACAGUCAGGGGUUGGUGGAUGAAUGUUGGGGAACAGUUUUAAUUUCCCGUCAUCACCGAUAUAUUCCGAAAGUCAUUGAAAUCCCCGAAUGCCAAAGGAUGAUGCAGGAAAGUAAGCCAAAUGAUACUGCAUGUGUAGAUUUAGCUGCCUUGAAACAACUGCCGUUUCUUUUAAAACACUAUAUGUAAAAAAUGGGUAAGUACAGUUGUGAUAUAGUUGUUUACACUCAUUAUUUGAAAACUUGGCUUUGAAUCCAUUUGGGAUUUUAUCUCUACAAUUAUGCAUACCUACUGUUUUUUAAUGUAUAUUAGCCGAAUUGGGAUGUCGCAAACCAUAACUAUUUUAUUGUACUGUAAGUUGAGGAGUUACCACAUUUGUCAUAAACACAUGCCGUCUUUCAAAUAUGUGACCUCGCAAUAUUGUAAAAUUUCAGAACGGCUUGCUCACAGACACGUUUUCAGACAUAGGCAGCUAACAAAAGAUUUACUUUGCUGUGUUAUGUCAUACUUGAUGGUUGGGCAGGAACUCAAGAGACCCAACUUUAUGUAUACGAGCAAUUAAAAAAUCAAUAUAUCCACUUCUUCCAAGAUGUAUCUUACACAAUUAUUCCAUCCUGGAAAAAGAAGAGUUCAAAUACCCCAGAAUACAAAAAGGCAUUGGUGAGUUUAUGUAAACUGCUGAACACAACUGUACAUUUGCGCUUCUUUGUCUAGGAUGAACGAACUUUCACUGGUAACUUGCCCUUGCCGACCAAACAAUCUCCCUGGCUAAGACGUAAACACUCAUUGAAGCCGUUGUUCGGUCUAAGUGCACAACAUAAAAGGCCGCUUGCAAAUGAGUAACUUCUUUGUUUUAUUAACCAAUGUUGUCACAUUCAGACUUCAUGGAAAACUUGAUUAGUAAUAUUCAACCCUCAGUUUAUCUGCAAAUAAGGUGUUGGAACAGAGUUAAAAGGACAUUGCGUAAUUUGACACACUUGAACUCCCUCCUCCAAAAAACGUCUUUAUUCGUAUUCGUCCUUUCAUCUUCAUAACAAGAUUUCACAUAUGUCAUGAAUAAUAUAACAAAACACUUCAGCUGAAAUAGCCGAGAAACUAAGCAAACACACGUGUACUGAACACUCCAGGGAGCAGUUGAGCGUUGG